AUGAUGAUGAUAAUUAACGAUUUUCCCGACCCUAAUCUGUCUUACAUUCUUGCUGUUCAACCUGAUUCCUUAACAGCCAUUAGUGUCGUUGAAAUAUUCGCUAAAGCUAUGAACCAAGAAGAAAUUAGAAUCAACAUUUGUGCAAAAAAGGAAGAAGUGUUUUUGAUGAAUUCAGAUUUGAUAUCGCAACGAGUCUGCAACCAUCUCACUUUAAAUCUGAAAUUACAUUCCGAUUAUCUCGAAAGCAAAGAUUUUAAAUUUUCAAUGACAGGUUUAAAUCUCGCGUUGAAAAGUGAAAUAUUGGCAGAACAAUUUUAUGAAAGUCAGUCGUAA